AUGAUGGUAUCUAAAGCUCCUUCUUCCUCUGUCAAAGCGAUGACUGUCCAAGUUCUUGACAAAAUUGGAGGGAAGUUCUCCAACGAGGAGGUGUUGGUUCGUGCUUAUGGGUGUGGCAGUCCUUCUCCUUUAUUCUGCGGUAAUCCGGGCAUCGACUCACAGGAUGAUGAACAAGACCUCCACGUUGACCAAAUUAGAAGCAGAGCAGAACACAUGAGAUCUUUUGGGUAA